AAAAAGAACGGAAGUUACGUAAAGGCUUACUUCCGCUGGACGUUGAACCAAACCAGAGCAAAGACGUCAUAAACAGCUAUUAAUCUGGGUCUUGAGAAGCAGUACGAUAAGUCUCUCUAGACACCAUGGGUCGCCACUUUGGAGAUUUGGCCAAGAUCAGGCAUGUGAUCACCUACAGUCUGUCCCCCUUCGAGCAGAGGGCUUUCCCCAACUACUUCUCUAAAGGAAUCCCCAACGUCUGGAGACGAUUCACAUCAUCCGUCUUCAAAGUUGCUCCCCCAAUGAUCUGCAUGUACCUGACAUACACCUGGGGCAACCAUGUCCACUCAGAAGGAAAGAGGAAGGUUGCUGCAGACUACGAGAAUGAAGAGUGAAACCUUCCAUCUUGCUGCUCUCUCUCUGUCUAUUCCUGUUUAAACCUUCACUGUAUGUUUUGUCAAUAAAGACAAUAUUUAUCUGAA